ACAAUCCGGCGCACACGCCGACAUCACCACAUAGGAUACAAUCUUGCGCAUCCUUAACAUUUAACUGGAAACAUCAUACACGAUGAAAAUGAAGAUUUUGUUAAUUCUUGCCUUCGUCGCCAUAGCAGCUGCAGCGCCGCAGAAGCCUGCGGAUCAGGUGAUUGCUAUACUAAAGCAAGAAUUUGACCAACAGGCAGAUGGAUCAUAUGUUUACAGCUACGAGACAGAAAAUGGUAUAAAAGCAGAUGAAACUGGAAGCUUGAAAAAGGCAACUGGACCUGACAGCAGUGAUGUAAUAAUAGCUCAAGGUUCAUUCAGUUACACCGCACCAGACGGCACCGUUAUCAAUCUCAGCUAUGUAGCCGAUGACGAGAAUGGCUUCAGACCUGAAGGCGCACAUUUGCCUACUCCCCCGCCAAUACCACCAGCAAUUCAGAAAGCUCUGGACUACAUUGCAUCUCUGCCACCCCCACCACCCUCCAGAAACUAAGAUGCGACAUUUACAACGAUCCUUCGAUGACCUCAUGCGCUCCAUAAGAUGAUCAACGACGACCUACGCUUGUACCAAUUUGAAAACACGCUUGUAUAUUAGGAAUUUAUUGUACAUAACUCAAUGUUUCAAAAUAUUGUUCAUAAUAGCCUGUUUACAGAAUGGUACUCGAUAUUUCUUAUACUCAAAGCAAUUAAAAACAUAUAAAAAUGAAUGCUCAAUAAUUGAACUGUGAUAGUUAAGAUUUGCAAGGAAAGAUCAUAUGUACGCUAUUUAUUUAUUAAAUAAAUGCAAAAUCAGUGCCAAAGAUGCAUUGCGGAUAAA